AUGAAUAAAUGCAGCUCUAUUUGCGUGGUUUUUUCCACCGAGACUUGGCAGGCAGUGAGUAAGUUUCCUGCGCCGAACUGCGAACACAUUUCCUUCGUGCCGGGACGCAGGUUGUUGUGCACAUGGCGCCAGUACGCUGUUUACGGAUUGCAGAAGACAACUCCAGAGCCGAAUUUGCACGUGUUCAACGUCGACACGGGCGAAAAAGUCUCCCAGUUCAUAAGCACGCGUGAAAAUUACUGGUUUGAAAAUUUCGAUGUUUCUGCUUAUGAAGACAACAACUUUUUUCGUGUUCGUAUAUACAAGCAGAAACUUGUAUUGAAGACGAUGUCUGACUUCAGCUUGUCACCGGGCCAACCUCCGUAUCACAUUGUGUGCUACAUACCUGCUAGCAGUGCGCGCCCGGCAUCGGCCAGAAUGUAUGCCUGCGGCCUGACGGAACCUGUCAGCAAUAUUAUAGCAAGCAGGUCAUUUUUUCAGGCAGACCAUGCAAAAAUGCACUGGAAUCGAAAGGGUUCUGCGGUACUCGUCAUGGCGGUCGUUGAUGUAGAUGCUCAGGGGACUUCGUAUUACGGCAAGGAAAACCUUUACCUACUUCGUACAAAUGGCGAGGGCUGCAUGGUGCCGUUGAACAAGGAUGGCCCGAUAUACUCGAUCGACUGGCAUCCAAAUUCUCAGUUGUUCUGUGUAGUCUACGGAUUUAUGCCACCAAAAGCCGCACUGCUUAACCUUAAUGCGGAGAUGCUGUACGAUUUUGGGCCUGGUCCAAAGAAUUUAGUCUAUUUCAACCCGUUCGGCAAUAAUAUCCUUUUACAAAUUAGUAACACGCUUGUAAUAGCAGCUUUUAUAAUGAUAUGGGCUCUGAAAGACAAGAAAGCGAUAUGCAAGUUUAUCGCGGAAGACACAACGCUGUUCCACUGGUUCGCUGACGGCCAACAUUUUGUGACGGCGACAACUACACCCCGCUUACGUGUCAACAACGGGUAUAAAAUAUGGCACAUAUCUGGCAGAACUGUCUAUGAGUACAAAUGCCCUGUUGGCGAAGAAAUUUACGACCUUCAGUUUUUGCAUACUCCUGGUGAGGAGUACACCGUGCCUGCGAUUCCUGAAGCAUGCGUUGCUGCCAGCGCACAUCAGGCAUCGGUUUCAUCUACUAGUGUUCCAGGUAAAUCAUGGGUGUCCUUUCAGAAAUUUAGACGAUCCACGUUACCAAGAUCUAGAUUCGAUUCAUUCAUUUUGCAGCAGUCUGUUUCGGAAUUGAUUGUUCACAACAAACGAUCUUAA